UAGCCAAGUGGACACCAGCUUCCGGGGUCACCAGCUUCCAGCAAGCACGCCACUGUCGUGGGUCCGAAGGGCUUCAAAGGGGAAAGUGAAGAGUGGGGAAGCCAGGAGAGUGCAGCGGGAAGCUUCGGGUACAGGAAAACUCCCCAGCCCAGAAGGCAGGCCUGGAGCCCUACUUUGACUUCAUCCUCACCAUUGGGCACUCGAGGCUGAACAAGGAAAAUGACACCUUGAGGGCACUGCUGAAGGCCAACGUGGAGAAGCCUGUGAAGCUGGAGGUAUUCAGUAUGAAGACCAUGAGGGUGCGUGAGGUGGAGGUGGUGCCCAGCAACAUGUGGGGCGGCCAGGGCCUGCUGGGUGCCAGUGUACGCUUCUGCAGCUUCAGCAGAGCCAACGAGUACGUGUGGCACGUGCUGGAUGUGCAACCAUCAUCACCUGCUGCUCUUGCUGGCCUGCGGUCCUACACAGACUAUGUGAUUGGCUCAGACCAGAUCCUCCAGGAGUCUGAAGACUUCUUUACACUCAUCGAAUCCCAUGAGGGGAAGCCCUUGAAGCUGAUGGUUUAUAACUCUGAGACUGACUCUUGCCGGGAGGUGACUGUAACUCCCAACGCAGCCUGGGGUGGAGAUGGCAGUCUGGGGUGUGGCAUCGGCUAUGGGUAUCUACACCGGAUCCCAACUCAGCCACCCAACCACAAGAAGCCACCUACUGCCCUGCCACCUGAUGCCCUGCCGGCUGGUGCUCCACCACCUGACCCUCUGCUAGUUGGUACCCUGCCACCUGAUGCCCCACUACCUGGUGCCCUGCCACCUGAUGCCCCACUGCCUGGUUCCCCCCUCCCUGGGGCCUCACCACCUGAUGCCCCACUACCUGGUGCCCUGCCGCUUGAUGCCCUGCUCCCUAGUGUCCCACUACCUGCUGCCCUAUUGCCUGGUGACCUGCUGCCUGGCACCCCACUGCAUGGUGCCUUGCCUCCUGGACCCACCCCACUGGACUCUCCGGCCCCAGAGAUGGGUUCCAGGCAGAGUGAAUAUAUGGAGGCCCUAUUGCAGACCCCCAGUUCCCCCAUGGAGGACUCACUUCCUGAACCUGGGAGUCCCAGCCAUGAUGCUCCAGACCUUGUGGGACUUCCACAUAUGGAGACAACUCUUCACCCUCCACCUCCGGUGCAGCGAGUCAUGGACCCAGGCUUCCUGGACGUGUCAGGUAUUUCACUCUUGGACAGCAGCAAUGCCAGUGUGUGGUCCAGUCUGCCCUCUUCCACAGUGUUGACUUCCACAGCUGUCUCAGCCUCAGGGCCAGAGGAUGUCUGCUCUACCAACAGUUCUCAUGAGCGGGGUGGUGAGGCCACAUGGUCUGGGUCAGAGUUUGAGGUCUCCUUCCUAGACAGCCCAGGUGCCCAAAUCCAGCGGGACCACCUGCCACAGCUGACUCUUCCAGACAGUCUCACCUCUACAGCCUCACCAGAAGAUGGGCUAUCUGCUGAGCUCCUAGAAGCUCAGGCUGAGGAAGAGCCAGCAAGCACAGAGAGCUCAGAUUUGGGGGUAGAGGCUGAGGGGCCAGCCAGCCAGCCAGGCCCAGAUCUCUAGCCCAGAAUAAUACCCUGGGCUAUAACAGGGUCCCUAACGACAUUUCAUAAGGCCCAGGUGUGGGCAGGCAGCCCAGCUCUGUGCAUUUAAGCUUCCUAAGCUGCAGCUCCAGGUGUGAUGUGCAGGAACUUCUGCUGGCAGAGGGCGUUUGUGUCUGGUCAGACACUACUUUUGGUUUCCAGGAGAUGGCCUCCCAGCAUUUAUCCUGCUUGAUGGUCCUGGCUUUGGGGAUUUCAAACAAGUCCUUCUGGGGUAGUAGAGGGCUAGGAACAGUACCCCAGAUUAAAUACAUUUUGCAGGAGCUAGGGUAGAAGAAGACGGAUUCCCUGCACAGGUGAGGUAUGAAGCUUCAGUGUAUAAUCAGAGAUGGCCAUGCACCUUGGGGGAGGGCAUCUUUUGGCCAUGCCCCCUCAGGUCCAGUGUUUGCUCCUGCUCUGGUCACUGGGGCUGCUCAGGAGGUAGCAGAGUCAUGUCAUAAUCCAACAUGUAGAUGAGGUAAGGAAGGAAAGGGCUGGUGUUGCCUGUUGGCCUGAUUGCUUUAAAUAGGGCUUGCCUUGAUCAUUCCUGCACAGCUCAGCUAGCAGACCCCCAAACUCUAAUCACUGAUUCCUCUGUCACGUGCCAGCAUCCCUAUACUUACUUCCACAGUUGGCUCAGGUUAGCUAACAUGCCAGUCAAGGUUGGAGAGAGGCAGUGUACUUGCUUAUCCCUCCUAGAAGGAAGGUGUUGGAAAUUCUAGUCCCUUUAGCAGAGAUUCGCUUGUCCCAGAGACCACCAUGUUUCUUUUUCCUCAGAGCCUACACUCUACAGACCUAGUAUUCCCAGUGGCAAUACCUGGUAGCCCAAACUUAAACAACUAUGUCUUUUCUAUAUACAAGGGAUCCAGCUAGCCCCAGUAGUGAAUAUAAGCUGCAAAUUUAAGUUUACCAUCUUAAGCAAACUCUCAUAGCCAACUAGGUCUCUUCACACAGCCAGGAGGAAUUGGGGCAUAGACAAGAGUAAGUAAGAGUCCUUCUGUUCUUCCCUAUAGUAUAAGAGGAAGCUAUUCUCUCCACCCCUAGGUGCCUUUGGGGUGGGGCCUCUGCUCUGCUCAGUUCCUGCAGAAGAGGAGUGCUCCAUCUAGAGAUGGCCCCUCAUCAACUGCAGUCUGAUGCUGCUUUGACUGGAUCCUCAACUGUCCCACACUCCUUGCUGAUUACUGUGAGAGUUACCUUUGGUCUUGUCUUCUAGCCUGUGCCCACUUGAGAGUCUCACCUUUCCAGCAUGAUUUGUAAUGUCUGUGUACAUACAGGGAACUCAGCAGCUCUGUCAGGUCUGCAGGACAAGGGCUAUCUGUUGUGGGGGUAGGGGAUAGGGGAAGGACCUCAAAUCAGUAACACUAAGUUUUAAGCACUGUGACUACACUAAAAAAGCCCUUGUCAAGCCUACUGGAGCAGCCGAUAAGCUUGUAGAACAGUGAGCCAUUGUGUCCUGGAUUGUCCGGGAGCCCAGUGUCAAGUCUGCAGGAAUGCAGGAAGUAGAAUGGAAUCGCCACAGGACUGUUCCGGGGCCAGCUUCCCUUAACUCUGCAGCCUGGCAGUCUAACCCAAAGUUGCCCUCACCCAAAGGUUCUGGCUCUUCCCUCCCUUUUACUUUCCUCUCCUUCACAAAUUGGGGGAUAAUAUGGGUAUCAAUCCUAAUUUCCAGGGUGAACAUGAAACUAGAGGUUUCUUUCUCUAUAAUCUACAAUAAAGGAAAAUGACAAGUGGAAAAAAUGUAUACCACACUUUGAAGUAUUUUAA